AUGCCACGUAUUGCAAUACUUCAUCCAGAUUUAGGUAUUGGUGGUGCUGAACGUUUAAUUAUUGAUAUAGCAUUAGCAUUGAAAUUCUAUGGACAUGAUGUUGAUAUUUAUACAAAUUUUCAUGAUAAACGACGAUGUUUUGAUGAAACACGUAAUGGACAAUUAAAUGUAUUUGUUGCAUGUUCAUGGUUUCCAAGAAAUAUAUUUGGAAGAUUUCAUGCUUUAUGUGCCUAUAUUCGAUUUAUUCUUCUUGCUAUAUAUGUUGUUUAUAUAGCAUCAAAAGAAAAACAAUAUGAUAUUUUUUUAUGUGAUCAAAUAAGUGCUUGUAUACCAGUUUUAAAAAGAACUGAAAAACCAAUUCUAUUUUAUUGUCAUUAUCCAGAUCAAUUAUUAACAAAAAGAGAAUCAUUAGCAAAGAAAUUAUAUCGAUGGCCAAUUGAUGUUUUUGAAGUUUAUACAACAUGUCUUGCUGAUCGUAUUCUAGUGAAUAGUGCAUAUACACAAUCAAUUUUUGAAAAAUAUAUUUCAUCAAAAAUUCCAGUAGAUAUUCUUUAUCCAACAAUACCUGAUCAAAUUGUAUCAUCAUAUUCUAAUGAAAAUGAAAAUUCAAUAAAUUUUCUUUCAAUAAAUCGUUUUGAAAGAAAAAAAGAUUUAAAACUUGCAUUACAUUCAUUUGCAUAUCUUCGUACAUUAUUGAAUUCAAAUUCAAACCUAAUACAUUUGUAUAUAAUUGGUGGUUAUGAUGAACGUUUACGUGAAAAUGUUGAAUAUUAUAAUGAACUUGUACAAUUAGCAAAUGAAUUAAAUCUUGAUUCAUCAUUAAUAACAUUUGUUCGAUCGUUUUCUGAUGAACAAAAACGUGAAUAUUUAUCAAAAGCUCAUUGUGUAUUAUAUACACCACGUUUUGAACAUUUUGGUAUCGUUCCACUUGAAGCUAUGCAAGCUGAACGACCAGUUAUAGCAACAGCAACAGGUGGUCCAUUAGAAACAAUAAUUAAUAAUAAAACAGGUUUCUUAUGUGAUGAACCAUUAAUUGAAACAUUUGCUAAAUGUAUGAAAGAAUUUAUUGAUAAUAAAAAUUUAUCAAAACAAAUGGGUCAAGAAGGAAAACGACAUGUUAAUGAAAAAUUUUCAUUUAAACCAUUUGCUAAAAAACUUAAUGAGCAUAUAAAUGAAAUUUUAAUAAGAAAAUAUAAUUCAAAAAAAAAUUCAUUUUUUUUGUUAAUCAUUGUUAUUUGUUUUAUUUUAUUGUUGGUUAUUGCUGUUUUUUUUUUAAGAUAA